AUGAAUGCUCUUAGAGCUGUUGUAUUUGUCUUCUCCUAUGUAUUCUCCCUCAUAAGAAUCUCUAUUGCAGUAGACACCAUAACUGUAAAUCAACACAUUAGAGACGGUGAGACCAUCACUUCAGCAGGUGGGACCUUUGAAUUGGGUUUCUUCAGUCCAGGUAAUUCCAAGAAUCGAUACUUGGGGAUAUGGUACAAGAAAGUGGCUCCUCGGACAGUGGUAUGGGUUGCCAAUAGAGAAAGUCCACUAGCUGAUUCAUCAGGUGUUUUAAAAGUCACUCAGCAGGGAAUUCUUGUUGUGGUCAACGAUACUAAUGGAAUUCUUUGGAAUUCUAAUUCAUCACGUUCUGCAGAGGAUCCAAAUGCUCAGCUUUUGGAAUCUGGAAAUCUUGUUAUGAGAAGUGGCAAUGAUAGUGACCCAGAAAACUUCCUAUGGCAGAGUUUUGAUUAUCCAGGCGAUACUCUUCUACCAGGUAUGAAGCUUGGAAGAAACAGAGUAACAGGCCUGGAUUGGUACCUGUCAUCAUGGAAGAGUGCCGAUGACCCUUCUAAAGGUAAUUUCACUUGUGAGAUUGACCUAAAUGGAUUUCCACAACUAGUUUUGAGGAAUGGUUUUGUAGUAAACUUUCGUGCAGGACCAUGGAAUGGUGUUCGAUAUAGUGGAAUACCUCAAUUAACAAACAACUCAGUUUACACAUUUAACUUUGUUUCUAAUGAAAAGGAGAUAUAUAUAUUUUAUAAUAUUGUUCAUCGCUCUGUUAUUUUGAGGCAUGUGUUAAAUCCUGAUGGUUCUCUACGGAAGUUAAAAUGGACUGAUAAAAACACUGGAUGGACUCUUUACUCAACUGCACAGAGGGAUGACUGUGACAAUUAUGCAUUUUGUGGAGCAUAUGGCAUCUGUAAGAUUGACCAAUCUCCAAAAUGUGAGUGUAUGAAAGGAUUUAGGCCAAAGUUCCAAAGCAAAUGGGAGGAGGCAGAUUGGUCCCAUGGAUGUGUUCCAAAUACUCCAUUGGAUUGUCAGAAGGGUGAUGGAUUUGCAAAGUUCUCUGAUGUGAAACUGCCAGACACGCAGACCUCCUGGUUUAAUGUAAGCAUGAACCUUAAGGAAUGUGCUUCCCUGUGUUUGAGGAAGUGCACUUGCACUGCUUAUGCAAAUUCAGAUAUCAGAGGAGGAGGAAGUGGAUGCUUGCUCUGGUUUGGUGAGUUGAUUGACAUCAGAGAAUUCACUCAAAAUGGGCAAGAGUUUUACGUAAGGAUGGCUACAUCAGAAUUAGAUGUUUUUUCAAGAAAAAAUAGCAGCUCCAAGAAGAAGAAAAAGCAAGCCAUUGUCAUCUCUAUAUCAAUUACAGGAAUAGUUCUUUUAAGUCUAGUCUUAACCUUGUAUGUGCUGAAAAGGAAGAAAAAUAGAUCAAGUUCAUGGUUUCUGUAUAUAGAAUUUAUGCAUUCUUUAAUUCUUCAUUCCAUUCUCCAUUUUUUAGGAUACAUUGAACACAAUUCAAAAGGAGGUGAAACCAAUGAAGAUUGGAAGCAUCUAGAGCUAUCAUUAUUUGACUUGGAUACAUUAUUGAAUGCCACUAAUAACUUUUCUAGUGACAAUAAGCUUGGAGAGGGUGGUUUUGGACCUGUUUACAAGGGAAAAUUGCAAGAGGGACAAGAAAUAGCAGUGAAGAUGAUGUCAAAAACUUCUAGACAAGGAUUAGAAGAGUUCAAAAAUGAAGUUGAAUCCAUUGCAAAACUUCAACAUCGAAAUCUUGUAAAGCUUCUUGGAUGUUGCAUUCAUGGCAGAGAAAGGAUGUUGAUAUACGAAUACUUGCCCAACAAAAGCUUGGACCUGUUCAUUUUUGGUCAAAUGCAAAGCAUCAUACUAGAUUGGCCUAAGCGCUUCCUCAUUAUCAAUGGGAUUGCUCGAGGCCUUCUUUAUCUUCAUCAAGAUUCCAGACUCAGGAUAAUCCAUAGAGACCUCAAAGCUGAAAACAUUUUACUAGAUGAUGAAAUGAGCCCAAAAAUUUCGGACUUUGGAAUGGCAAGAAGUUUUGGAGGAAAUGAAAUUGAAGCAAAUACAACAAGAGUGGCUGGAACAUUAGGUUAUAUGUCUCCAGAGUAUGCAAGUGAAGGAUUGUAUUCCACAAAAUCCGAUGUUUUUAGCUUUGGUGUUUUGGUACUAGAGAUUAUAAGCGGGAAGAGAAACAGAGGUUUUAACCACCCAGACCAUGAGCUUAAUCUUCUUGGGCAUGCAUGGACACUUUAUAUAGAAGGUAGGUCUUCGGAAUUUAUUGAUGCAUCAAUCGUGAACACUUGCAAUCUAUCGGAAGUGCUACGUUCAAUCAAUUUGGGUCUAUUAUGUGUGCAACGAUUCCCAUAUGAUCGACCAAACAUGCAUUCUGUGGUUUUGUUGUUGGGUAGUGAGGAUGCACUAUAUCAGCCCAAAGAGCCUUGUUUCUUCAUUGAUAGGAAUAUGAUGGAAGCAAAUUCUUCUUCUGGUACUCAGUGCACCAUCACACAGUUGGAAGCACGAUAG